ACAAACUUCACUCGGUUCAGUUUUGACGUGACACGAACUGGGUUGGUCGACGAAAAUGUUCUCAAUAAAACUAUUGUUCUGUGCGUUAUUACUAUGCUUCACAGUGCGUGCCAACAGCCAGACGGUGCAUAGACGAUUCGAGUACAAAUACUCAUUCAAACCACCUUAUUUGGCCCAGAAAGAUGGAUCUGUUCCCUUCUGGGAGUAUGGAGGCAAUGCGAUAGCGUCAGGCGAGAGCGUGCGGUUGGCGCCGUCGCUCCGAAGCCAAAAGGGCGCCAUCUGGACGAAGCAGCCCAUAAACUUCGACUGGUGGGAGGUCGAUGUCAUGUUCAAGGUCACCGGCAGAGGGCGUAUCGGUGCUGAUGGUCUGGCGUUCUGGUACACGUCGGCACGCGGCGACUACACCGGCGAGGUGUUCGGUUCGUCGGACCGAUGGAACGGUCUGGCCGUCAUCUUCGACAGUUUCGACAACGACAACAAACACAACAACCCGUACAUCAUGGCGGUGCUGAACGAUGGCACCAAGGUGUUCGACCAUAAGAGUGACGGCACGACGCAGAUGUUAUCCGGCUGUCUCCGCGACUUCAGGAACAAGCCGUUCCCGACGCGCGCGCGCAUCGAGUACUACCAGAACACAUUAACUGUGCACUUCCACAACGGUAUGACGAACAACGAGGCGGACUACGAGCUGUGCUUCCGCGCCGAGAACGUCGUGCUGCCCCGAGGCGGGUACUUCGGCCUCUCGGCCGCCACGGGAGGCCUGGCCGACGACCACGACGUCGUACAUCUACUCACGUCUUCUCUACACAGCACGCAACAGGCUGGUGGGCAGCAAAUCAGCAACGAUGAGCAACAGAAGCUGUCGCAGGAGUACCAGGAGUACCAGCGCAAGCUGGACCAGCAGAAGGAGGACUAUAGGAAGGAACACCCGGAUGAGGUGCGCGACAAGGAGGGCGAGUUCGAGGACUGGUUCGAGUCGGACGGGCAGCGGGAGCUUAGACAGAUCUUCCAGGGACAAGGACAGAUCCAUGACGUGCUGAGAGAACUGAACAAGAAGGUCGACGAGGUGAUCGGCAAGCAGAUGAACUCCCUGUCGAUGUUGUCGGCCGUGUACUCGCACGCGCAGGGCCAGCCCAUCGCGGCGCAGCAGGCGGGACAGGCGCCAAUGCAAACGGGCGGGCUGCCGGUGGCGCGGCACGACUGGGACGCGCUGGUGGCCAACAACCAGAUCAUCAUCAACACCAUCGCGGAGCUCAAAGGGUUCAUAAUCGAAGUGUCCCGCAAGGCGGACGGGAUCGCGGCCGCCGGCGGCGGCGGGACGGCCAUCAACCCGCAGUUCCUGUCAGAAAUGAGAGACAGUCUCCAACAAGUGCAACAGACUGUCAAUGGAGUCGCACAGAGGAUAUCCUCCCCGGCGCACGCGUCGGCCCAGACGUCGUGUCCGACGCCCAACUGCGUGGGGCUCACCGCCCUAGUAAUGGUGGUGACGUCACAACUCGUCGUUAUGUUCCUUUACAACCUCUACAAAGAAAGAAAAGAAGCUCAAGCGAAGAAAUUCUUCUAAGGUAGUUCCAUACCCCUUCCCCUCCCGCACCCUCUCACCAUAUAUCGAUAUUGCAAAUUGUAAUAAAUUAACAAUUAAUACUCAUAUGUCUAAGAGCGAAGAUCUCUAAAAUAUCUACACAUUGGCCUACAAAAAUACAUACACAAUACUUACAUAAUAUAUCUACAUAAUACAUAUACAAUGUUAGAGAUUUUUAAUGAAUAAUUUCUAAUAUUAAUCAAAUAUAUUUUUAUAUGACAUAAGUCUCAAAUCCUAGUUAUACUAUUUAUCGCAGUCAAAACACUAGCUUUUGCCCGCGACUUUACGUGGAAUGAUGAUGUAGAUUGAUAAAAAAUAUUCUAUGUCCUUCCCCAGGCUUCAAACUAUCUCCAUACUAAAUGUUCAGAUGUUUUUGAGUUCUUCAUCUGUGUACAUGUACUCUCAACAAAUGUACCGAAGCAUAUUAGAAUUACCUAAGACCUCAAAGUACAACAAUUUGUCACUUUUUCCGAAAUUGUGUAAUUUUUUUGGACAUAGGCAAUUUUGAUGUGCAUAUACAUACUUACACAAAUAUCCGUAUGUAGUGUUUCCUGUAUUCAUUAGGUUUUUAAAUAAUUAUAAAUAUUAUAAAAGUCUACACUAUAGCGCCAAUACUCCUAAUGAGAUUAUGAGUAUUAUGACAUACAUUAAUGUCGUACUCAAAUUAUUAUAACUUCAGUUACUAUACUAUUUUCUAUAUUAUUUCAAGGGCUAAAAUACGCGGACAAAGUCUCAAAAAAAUGUGUACACCUUGUUGUAAACAUUAAGGUAUUGUAUAGAAUAGAUUUUAUUGGACCUUUAUCCCUAUCGAUGUUUUAGACCUUGAGUGUUAUUGUCUAUCUAUUAUCUUAUAACUUCUUGGUGGACAUGCUUUCAAAAUUAAAUACACAAAACCUAGAUAUAAUAGUGGUUCAACACAACUAUCAGAAUUUGUACACAUUUCUUUUUACACGUUUUUAAAUGUACCUAUCCGUGCGGCGUGCACGAAAUUAAAGAAAUCAAAUAAUGUUAUAAUACUUAUAAUUAUAAAAAUAUCUUUGAUUUUCAUUUCGCGUAUGUAGGCCGCCAUUUAAAACUAACCGAAUAUGUCACAACACAAAUAUCUUAACAUCUUAUUUUAUAUCAAUAGAAAUUACUUCAUGAUGAUAUUCUAAAACAACUUCUUACUUAGGAAUUAGAAUAGCGCAAAAUUAUAGAUACAUACAGUCAGCACAACUACUAGCUUAGUAUACAUAAAUAUGUAUGCAGGAAUGCUAAACUAAGAGUUUGCAGACUGUACCUAUUUAUAAGAAGUUUUAAAAACAGGAACGAUUUUAGAUAUCACAGUAUUAUUUAACGAGCGGGUGCGGGCCCGGUCUUGUCAGUGUAAUGACAUAUGUCACGUGUAUAUGACAUACGGAGAUACACGAAGGCAUACAGGUUGAUUCACGAAGGCUGGCACGGAUGGAAUGAACGAAACUUUCAUUGCAUGAGUGUGCAUUUUAUUGGUUAAUGUGAUACACACACACAUGGAUAUUAUCAUUCACUCAUGUAUUCAAUUCGUGCCAGAUCCUGUGAAUCGACCAUAUACAAAUGAUCAUACCGAGGUGAGAUUCUGAACUUUUUCGGUCAGUGUAAAGAGUUAUUGAUGGGAGAAGAGUUGUAAACUCUCAGUAAAAACCGUGUAAAAAUUUAACAGCUUAACUAGAUGGCGCUGUACCUCGCCAUAUUUUUUUGUAAGAACUAAAUUGUUAAACGUCAACUUUUGACAACCAGAGUUACCGCUUAAUGUACGUAUGAUGUAAUCUUUAGUAAAAAGUUAUUAUACGCAAAGUCAUAUAUUUAUGACAUUGUCAUUACAUUGACUAUUCGACUGUUAUAACGUAGAAGUUCAUUUUCUACCACGUCUCGAGAGUAAGGAAUAAAUAAUUUGUAAAUAAUAUUUAUAUUUUUGUGUCCUGUAAUAGUUUUAUUUUUCUCAAUUUUUUUUCUACGAAAUUUUAUUGGACUACGAAACUUAAGUGAGGUUGUAUUUUUUUAGAUAAAUGAAGACUUGGUUGGCAUUUAUUCUACUUGGUUGUUAAGGAGGAUUCUCGUGCCGACUCGGGGAAUUUUAGAGAUAAUUCUCGGACGUUCUCGACUUUUCUUAAGAAUUAAUGAAGUUUGUCAUUAGACACAUAAGUAGUCUAAUAUUUAAGAUUGUUUUAAUUAUAUUUGUUACAUUUUAGGUAUACUUAUAGUUUGUGAUUGAUAGAUAGUGAAGAUACAUUUGAUUUUCUAUUUUAUUAAUAUGUCUGUGAUAUGGCAGACAAUUAGAGCAUAAAACCAAAUGUACUUAUAAAAUUAUUUUACAUACAUAUUGUCUUAUUUUCCCGCACUAGUGCGUAAAAUAGCACUUUUCGUGCGAGGUCAAAAGUUUAAAGGGCCAUAUGUACUGUAAAACGUUGUAUACGAUACACGUGCAAAUAGGUAAUUUCCUCUUUUCCGCACUUGUAUCGUAAAUAACUAUUUUCAAUCACAAAAUAGGUGUCAUAUUCCUGUGUUUUUAUUUAUUUUGAGUUACCAUUUGAGUUCUUUAGUUCUAGAAAGUUCUCGAGUCGUCUCGAGAAUUCUCCGCUUGUCUUGAAGGUUCUCGUUUGCACACGCAACUUCUGGUAUCGAAUUUACUAGAAAGAGAAUAAAAUUGUAAUAAAAAAAUACAUUGUUUAUUGUUCAACAAUAAAAAUGUGCCAAAUA